GGGAAAAGGGUCGCGCGGCAGCGUAAAUAAUUGAUCGCUACGAACGUGGGACGUUUCGGAUGGGAUCUCUCCAUGUGAUUCAGUGAGAGCAGCUGCAGUUCCCCUCACAGACAACACUCACACUGCCUUUCUGCCACUGCCAGAGCAACAAGGACGUCCUUCUUUUGCCUAGAAACCGGAGAUGUUAGGAACGAGCAGUUAAAGCCUCGCCGUGCCAUUGUCGCUUAACUUUCAAUUCUGGGGAGUUAAUCAGCUUCUAGAGACAUUUGAAAUCGCCCUACAGAUCUGGUGAAAGGACUACUUGAAAAGCUUAACCUGAAUGUAAUAUUUGGUUGAAGAAGGCAGGAAUAAAAAGCCAUCAUCAUGAAUUUUGUAAUGAAGCAAGCGUUGGGAGGGGCGACCAAAGACAUGGGGAAAAUGCUAGGCGGUGAGGAGGAGAAGGACCCUGAUGCUGAUAGGAAGGAGGAAGAAAGACAGGAAGCCCUCAGGCAACAGGAGGAAGAGAGGAAGGCGAAGUAUGCAAAAAUGGAGGCGGAAAGAGAAUCGAUUCGACAGGGCAUCAGGGACAAGUAUGGCAUAAAGAAGAAGGAAGAGAAAGAGGCCGAGGCACAGGCAGCCAUGGAGCAGGCGUCAGAAGGCAGUUUGACCCGUCCUAAAAAAGCAAUCCCUGCCGGCUGCGGCAAUGAAGAAGAGGAAGAGGAGAGCAUCGUGGAUACGGUCAUGAAGUUCCUCCCAGGCCCGCUUCAAGAUAUGUUCAAUAAAAAGUAACAGUGGUUCAUAACAAGUCAAAAUCAUUAAUGUCAAGAAAUCCACCACCUUUCUCCCUUUCACCUUUAUCACAUAUGUUCUAAGAUCUCUGGACUCGAUCUACGUGCCAUAACAUCUGUCUUUAACUUUUACUAGAAAUGUAAUAUAUAUAUAUAUAUAUACAGUUUAUAUAUAGAUAUAUACAUGCUUGCCUUGCUUCUCUGUUUAAAGACAAAUGUAAAGCCCCAUGAGUCCAGACCUUAGAGCAAAAAUAUCCUUAUGCUUUAUUAAUUUAGUUUGUAAAUAGCAAAUGAAAAAAUAACUGUAGAUGAAUACAUUAUAUAUAUAUAUAUAUAUAUAUAUA